CAUGCGGGACUCACAAGGCUGCAGCCGGCGCCGCGGCCACUCCCGGGAGCAUGAAGGACCGAACCCAAGAGCUCCGCACGGCCAAGGACAGCGAUGAUGACGAUGAUGUCACUGUCACCGUGGACCGAGACCGCUUCAUGGAUGAGUUUUUCGAACAGGUGGAGGAGAUCCGAGGCUUCAUUGACAAGAUCUCAGAGAACGUGGAGGAGGUGAAGCGGAAGCACAGCGCCAUCCUGGCCUCCCCCAACCCUGACGAGAAGACGAAGGAAGAGCUGGAAGAACUCAUGUCCGACAUAAAGAAGACAGCAAACAAAGUGCGCUCCAAAUUGAAGAGUAUCGAACAGAGCAUUGAGCAGGAGGAAGGCCUGAACCGCUCAUCCGCCGACCUGAGGAUCCGAAAGACACAGCACUCCACACUGUCCCGGAAAUUUGUGGAGGUCAUGUCUGAGUACAAUUCGACACAAUCUGACUACAGGGAGCGCUGCAAGGGCCGAAUCCAGAGGCAGCUGGAGAUCACUGGCCGGACCACGACCAGCGAGGAGCUGGAGGACAUGCUGGAGAGUGGGAACCCGGCUAUCUUUGCCUCUGGGAUCAUCAUGGACUCCAGCAUUUCGAAGCAGGCCCUGAGCGAGAUUGAGACUCGGCACAGUGAGAUCAUUAAGCUGGAGAACAGCAUCCGUGAGCUGCAUGACAUGUUCAUGGACAUGGCCAUGCUUGUGGAGAGCCAGGGGGAGAUGAUUGACAGGAUCGAGUACAACGUGGAGCACUCCGUGGACUACGUGGAAAGAGCCGUGUCUGACACCAAGAAGGCCGUCAAGUACCAGAGCAAGGCGCGCCGGGUCAGUAGCCCCAACUCUGCCCAAACCAUGUUUCCCAUGUACCCAUCUGUGAUCACAGAUACCCCCCAACUCUGCCUCUAUCCCACCUCUCCCAAGUCUGCAGUGCCUCAUUGUAACCACCAGGCCCAUUCCAGGUCAUCACCUUCCCCAGUUAGCCCUCCAGACUCUCCAGCCCUCGGCCGUCAUCACAGCCCCAGACAGGCCUGAAAAGGACUGCCUGUUCAGGGCUCUGUCAGGUGGCAGCUUUACCCACUCAGUCCUCUCAGGAUACUCUAAUGUCCUGUCUCCUCAAAGCUCUGCCCAGCCCCAGCUGCUCCCAUGAGCUGACUGAGGCCUUUCCCUCCUGCUUCUCUGGUUCAGAAGAAGAUCAUGAUCAUCAUCUGCUGUGUGGUCCUGGGCAUUGUCAUUGCCUCCAUCUUUGGAGGUAUCUUUGGAUAGAAACUACCCCACCUGCCACUCCACUCUGGAUGGUUCACCCUAAGGAAGCCCCCUGGCUGCUGACGCCCUUCGGCUCGGAACCUCUCCUUCCCACUCCACACUGCUCCUUCCUGUCAUGGGGCUCUCCAUACCCACCCCGCCCUGAGCCGUCGUGUGCAUGAUCUUUGUAACAGUGUGUGUCUGUACGAGAGAGGUAGAGGGGAGCCAGGCUGGAAAACAGCCAGUGGGGUGGGGACAGGUCAGCAAGGGACAGACUCAGGCCCUGGCCCAGGCUGCCUCACCCUUUAUAGGCAGGGCUGCGCAAGGUAGCCAUGCUCCCCUUCCUCUGCCUCUAGUAAUUCCACUCUUAACCCAGGGGUCUGCCUUCUCUGGGUGUCAAGACUCUCUGGACCCUAACCUUGUCUCCUAUUGACCCACCCAUCUGCCCUGUCUUCUCCAGCUGUCCCCCGAAGCCCAGCCCCCUGAGGGGUGGGGACCAGCUGGCCACAUGGUGCUGCUUUUCAGGUUAGGGGAGGGAUGGCCCUGAGAGACAGCCCAGCUCUAAGCCUCUUAACAGCCAAUCACUGCCAGGGAGGCUCAGGGUGCUGUGGCCAGGUGGCUUCUGGCCAUGUUAAGACCAGGCUCCCUCCCCUACCUAUGGGCAGAGUCCAACAGGUCUUUGACUGCCUCAACCUCCCUUCCCACAUUCCUAGAGCACCAGGAGCAACCUGGGCUUUGCCUGACCCCAGAUCACAUCCUGGAAGAGGCUGGCUGGUGCCUGGUCUCCAGCCACCCUUGGAGCUAGAGAGGCAAAGCAGGCCCCGGUCUGGCCAAGCCCACAACCUGGGCCAGCCGUUCUCCUCAGCAGGCCUUAGUUAGGUCCUCAAGCCAUUGUGUUGCAUGUUUGGGACAAUGGUCCCUGCUCUCUUGUGCUCUGGGAAGUCAGGUAUCACUUCAGGCCUGCAAUCACAUCCUCCCCUUGCUUGUCCCCCAUUGAUGUGCCACGUGAGUGUCAGGUGUCUUGGAUGCAGUAUUCAGCAGCUAGCCAGGGAGGGGUACCUCCCUCCCCACCAUCUUGGGGCUUUUCAAGUCAGAAACGUGCCCCCACUUCAAGAUCCUUCUCUUCCUCGUUGACAGGCAAGGAGUGUGCAUGCAAGUGCAUGCAGCAGGGAGUGGGGCCAAGUCUGAGCCCCACUUCCCUCAGCUUUGCUCCUGCCCAGUGACUGUGACCACUGUCCGUGUUGCCUUCUUUAAUGAUUUCCCUGCCCUCCUUUACCCCUUCACCAAAGGUCUUGGUACAACCAGCUGCCCAUUUUGUGAAAUUUUUAUGUAGAAUAAACAUUUGUAUCUGUA